AUGCGACACAGUCCUGGAUCCAUAUCCGAUGGCCGCAUCCCGGGUGUCUCUGAAGGCACCGCCGAAAAUUGGAACAUAGUAAUCCCCGGUGGACUGGCUUCAUGUAACUCGUCGCAUACAGCGGAAGAAUCCAGGGCUGGUCCUAUGCCAAUCGCUUCUUCUUUAUCAGAACACGUGGAUCAAAGUUCUCAGGGCGCCACUUCUGAAUGCCUGGACUUUUCGCAGUUGAGCCUUUGCUGUCCGAUCAAUGUGGACGAAAUUAGAACCCGUUGGAUGGACCCUUAUAUCCAAAUUCCGGGAAAGAAUGUCAAAAAUUAUCCUCCCGGAGUGCUCGAGUUCAUGAGCAGAGUCCUCAAAGCAUAUGCUGGCGCCGCAACUAGGGGUCGAGGACUGCCAUUCGUUCAUCCGACACAGAUGACGGAAUUGCAAACAUCAUCACCCCUAAUAACAUGUUUGAGCUUGGUCCGUAUCUGCGAAAGCCCCCUGCCCGGAAGUGAGAAUGCUGCCAUGGCAGUUCUCCUGCGUGAAAUGGAAACCCUUAUUGAGAGUCACACCACGUACAGCAAUGAUCUAUCUUUGCUUGCUGCAUUUCAAGCUUACCUCAUCUAUCUCCUUGUGUUAUACUUCCGUUUCGACGAUAGCUCACACCGCUCACGCCACUAUACGGAUGAUUUUAUUCGUCGAGCCUUGAUCAACCUGCAGACUAUCGCUCACUCUGCUUCUCGACAAGGGUUGACAUGCGUUGCCGAUCAGAACAGGACCCGGCCAAGAUGGGAGGAGUGGAUUGUAGUCGAGGCAAAGCGCCGGACACUCUACGUGAUGUAUAUCUUUGACGGAGUAGUCGCCUCGCGAGACAAUCUUCCUCUUUUCCUCGGCACGGAACUGCAUGGUCUUCCUGUGGCGGCCAGUAAAUAUCUAUGGCAAGCGACCAAACGUAGGGAUUGGGAGAGAAACUACAAUGUCUACCUUGCUGAAUGGAGGGAAUUGGGUCCGACGAUUGACGAACUAUGGCCUAUUCCAGAUGAUAUGGAUGAUUUGAGCAUCGCGAAGCGGCGGUCCAGAGUGGAUCACUGGCUUGAGGAUGUUGAUGAAUUUGGCACCAUGCUCUACGCAGUCACGGCUUGUACACAUGAAGCAUAG